AUGACAAGCGAUGAUCACCCGUAUGAGGUCCCAGAAAAUUCAUCGAUUCCAAAUGAAGACCCUCUAUUUCCUGCAGGAAAUCCACCAGAAAGAAGAAACACAAUAUAUGGGAGUAUUGUACUAACUGCCAUUCUGCUGUGCUUAAUUGCCAUUUUCAUAUUUAUAUAUUUGGUGCUCCCGAAAUUAAAUGUUCAGAAUUGA